CGAGCUCUUAGGUAAGCUCGGGUGGCUGGGCGGUUACUGCGAGCUGUUCCCGGUCCUGUACCCGGGUCUGCCCAAACCCGCACUUCGGUCGGUCUGUCUACCGCCCUCUUCAUGGGUCUGGAGCUCUACCUGGACCUGCUGUCCCAGCCCUGCCGCGCAGUCUACAUCUUCGCCAAGAAGAACGGCAUCCCCUUUGAGCUGCGCACCGUGGAGCUGCUCAAAGGUCAGCACCUCAGUGAUGCCUUUGCACAGGUGAACCCCCUAAGGAAGGUGCCAGCCUUGAAGGAUGGGGACUUCACCUUGGCUGAGAGUGUGGCCAUCUUGCUGUAUCUCAGCCGAAAGUAUGAGGCCCCCGACCACUGGUACCCCCAGGACCUGCAGGCCCGUGCCCACGUGGAUGAAUACUUGGCAUGGCAGCACACGGCUCUGCGGAGUGCCUGCACCCGGGCCAUGUGGCAGAAGAUGAUGCUACCUGUGUUCCUGGGUCAACCGGUGCCCCCCGAGACAUUGGCAUGUACUCUGGCUGAGCUGGACAAGUGCCUACAGCUGCUUGAAGACAAGUUCCUAAAGGAUAAAGAUUUCCUUGCUGGGCCCCGCAUCUCGGUGGCUGACUUGGUGGCCAUCACAGAGCUGAUGCAUCCCGUCAGUGCUGGCUGUCCUGUCUUCGAAAGCCGACCCAAGCUGGCUGCCUGGCGCCAGCGUGUGGAGGCCGCGGUGGGGGAGGACCUCUUCUGGGAGGCCCACAACGCUAUCAUGAAGGCCAAGGACCUGCCUCCAGCAGACACUGCCGUGAAAGAGAAGCUGAAGCCUUUGGUGCAGGUUUUCUUGCACUGAGUAGGAGCGAGCCUUGCCGCCAAUGAUGGAGACUGUCAAAAUAAAGAGACAGGGCUACUUCUCUCCUUGGCCAUGAGCAAGAUACCCUGCACAGUCUCUGGUCCCCAGGUCCUUCCAUACAUCAGGCCUGCGUUCCUUCUUUUGUUUAUUGCCUUAUUUCACUUUUGCAGCUUCCACUCUAACUUUUUGUGUGAUUUCUGGAAAGAGUUUUAGUAAAUACACAUUUGACCGUCCUUCCUGUGUUUGAAACUUUCCUUGGAGCCUCACUGCCCUGAGGCUACGUAUAGUACGGGUCCGGUCAUUGAACUUUGCCUCCAGGCUCUGCUCCCAACCCCCAGGCUUCUCCCUUCUGGUUGCACACAGUAACCCAUCAUUUUCCAGCCUUUCUUACAACUCCUGCCUCAGCUUCCUGGCCUUGGCUCAUGCUGAUUCCUUUGCUAACGGAACUGCUCCUCACCUUUGUCUUGUACCCCCCAUCCCAACCUUUGGGCAUUUGUCACCAUGUCACUUUUCCAGGGAGUUGUCCUUGAUCUCUCCAGCCCCAGGCUGGGUCAGGUGACCUCUCUGGGCUCUUCAGCCCUAGUGCUUGCUUCCUUCUCUCCUGGCAGGAAAUUGGUUCCAUGUCCUGUGGGCUGAGCAUGUGUCAUGGAUGGAUGUUUACCUCGUGAAGAGAUGUCUGAGUCAGGGAAGCCCUCUCUCCUGGCUUUCUGGGUCUCCCACAGUGGAGUACAGGCUAGUGCAUGAACCUCCUUGCAGGGAGGGAAGUCCCAGCUUGUUUCCUGGUCCUCCAGGAGCUGCUGAGAGGCGUUGCUCUCCCAAGCGUACUUGUAACUCUGACCACAGUCUUAUCCAUGCCCCACUGUGGGUUCCAGACUUGCCACCUGACUUUGCCCUUUCCCCUCAAGACCGUGACAACCUACUUGCCUUGUGUUCCAGAGCCUUUGAUCAUCCUGUAAACUGCUAAUGGCUCAGGGUCAUGGACAGACAGCCGCUCGUGGAAAGUCAGCUUACCUGCUUUCCCAUUGAGGCCCCUUUAAUAUGCGCACAUAUAGAAUUUUAGAUGUGUAAUUGAAAUUAUUCAUAUACACCCACAGGGUUUCAAUUAUAUUUUCAUUUACACUUCCAAUAACUUCAAAACACUGGUGGUAAUAGCAUGGUUAUCCACAACAACAGAUUUCCAUAUUUUAAACAGCUUUUGUGAA